AUGACUCCUGUCCUCUAUGUCCUGCUGUGCCUGGGGCUAUGUCUGUGCAAGAGGACAAGGACCCAGGCAGCAGAUGGAUUCCCCAAACCCUCCCUCAGGGCAGAGAAUGGCUCUUUGGUGCCCCGAGGGGGAGCUGUGACCCUCACGUGCAGGGGAUCAUGGGAGGCUGAGGAGUGGCGGCUGGAGAAAAGAGGAGGAUCUGGAUGGUCACCGAUCAUAGCUUUGAGAAAAGCUGGAAAUGAGGUUGAGUUUUCCCUCCCACUUGUGACUUUAAAUAACGCAGGGAUCUACCGGUGCCUCUAUUUAUACUAUUCAUACAUACACGGAAGUUCAUACUACAGGUUGUCAGAGCCCAGUGACCCUCUGGAGCUGGUGGUGACAGGCCUCUCUGCCCCGCCCUCCCUGGCAGCCCUGCCCAGCUCUGAGGUGGCCCCAGGACAGAACGUGACCCUGCAGUGUUGGUCAGACUCGUGGUAUGACUGGUGUGUCCUGUACAAGGAUGGAGAAGAGAUCAGCCGCAAAUGGACCAGGAGCCUUCAAAGGGGGCGUCAGGCUGACUUCUUCUUCCCUGCUGUGAAUCUGACCCACGAUGGCACUUACCGAUGUUACCGCUUUCAUAGUUCUUCCCCCCAUCUUUGGUCCUCCCCGAGCGACCCCCUGGUGCUCAGGGUCUCAGGGACCUUCUCUCCAAGCCCUGAAUCUGAGAACAGAUUCUCAGAUGCUGCUGCAGGGGAUUACACUGUUGGCAAUCUGGUCCGCCUCAUCUUGACUGGUCUUGUCCUCAUCCUCCUAGGGGUCCUGCUGACUGAACACUGGAACAACUCCAGGGAGUAA